UGCGCAGAAGAUUGCGGCGUGACACGCGUGUGGAGGAAGUGCAGUGACAGAUCCGUAGCAGCUGCCUCCUCUCGCUCCACACAGAACCGGCCAAACUGUGCUUUAUUUGCCCUCGGUAAAAUGUCGUGGCUGUUCGGCCUGAACAAGGGGCAGCCCGAAGCUCCUCCCGGGCUCCCGGUCCAGCCUCCCCCCCCGCCGCCGCCGGCCGGAGGCUCCAGCGGCGGCGGAGAUAAACCCAAGGACAAAUGGAGCAACUUCGAUCCCACCGGGCUGGAGCGGGCUGCUCAGGCGGCCAAGGAGCUCGACAAGUCCCGACAUGCCAAAGAAGCUCUGGAUCUGGCUCGUAUGCAGGAGCAGACCACCCAGAUGGAGCACCAGAGCAAAAUGAAGGAGUAUGAAGCAGCAGUUGAGCAGCUCAAAGGCGACCAGAUGCGAAUCCAGGCUGAGGAGAGGAGGAAAACUCUGAAUGAGGAGACCAAGCAGCAUCAAGCGAGAGCUCAGUACCAAGAUAAGCUGGCCAGACAGCGAUAUGAGGACCAACUAAGGCAACAGCAAGCCUUGAAUGAGGAGAACCUCCGCAAACAGGAGGAGUCUGUACAAAAACAGGAGGCCAUGAGGAAAGCGACGAUAGAGCACGAGAUGGAGCUGAGGCACAAGAAUGAGCUCCUGCGUAUAGAGGCUGAAUCUAAAGCUCGAGCCAAGGUGGAGAGAGAGAAUGCCGAUAUAAUCCGUGAGCAAAUCCGUCUGAAGGCAGCGGAGCACAGACAGACUGUCCUGGAGUCCAUAAAGACUGCAGGAGCCGUGUUUGGAGAAGGAUUCAGGGCGUUUGUGUCGGACUGGGACAAAGUCACAGCCACGGUGGCAGGACUGACCCUUUUAGCUGUGGGCGUGUACUCAGCCCGAAACGCAACAGCGGUGGCAGGACGUUACAUCGAGGCGAGGCUUGGGAAGCCGUCGCUGGUGCGAGAGACGUCCCGGUUCACUGUGGGAGAGGCAAUCAAGCAUCCAAUCAAGACGACUAAAAGGCUGAAGAGCAAACCUCAGGAUGCACUCGAGGGAGUUGUGCUCAGUCCCUCCCUGGAAGAGCGUGUGCGUGACAUCGCCAUAGCAACAAGAAACACAAGGCAGAAUCACGGCCUCUACAGGAACAUCCUCAUGUAUGGCCCCCCAGGCACGGGCAAAACACUGUUUGCUAAGAAGCUGGCAAUGCAUUCUGGGAUGGACUAUGCCAUUAUGACCGGUGGUGAUGUAGCACCCAUGGGUCGUGAUGGUGUGACCGCCAUGCAUAAAGUUUUUGACUGGGCCAACACAAGUCGACGCGGGCUGCUGCUUUUUGUUGAUGAAGCUGAUGCCUUCCUUCGCAAGAGAUCCACUGAGAAGAUCAGUGAAGACCUCAGAGCCACUUUGAAUGCAUUCUUGUAUCGCACUGGAGAACAGAGCAACAAGUUCAUGCUGGUGUUGGCCAGUAACCAACCAGAGCAGUUUGACUGGGCCAUAAAUGACCGCAUAGAUGAAAUAGUGAACUUUGCUCUGCCGGGUCCUGAGGAGAGGGAGAGGCUGGUACGGUUGUACUUUGACAAAUAUGUGCUGGAGCCCGCCACUGGAGGGAGGCAGAGGAUGAAGCUGGCGCAGUUUGACUACGGUAAGAAGUGCUCUGAGAUAGCAAAGAGGACAGAGGGAAUGUCAGGAAGAGAGAUCUCCAAGCUGGGUGUGGCCUGGCAGGCGGCAGCAUAUUCCUCUGAAGAUGGCGUCCUGACAGAGGCAAUGAUCGAUGCUCGGGUCGAUGACGCUGUCAAGCAACACCUUCAGAAGAUGGACUGGCUUCAUGGAGAAGAGGAGGCUCAGACCAAGACCCUUACACCUCCCCCAGCUGGGGCGACAGGCAGCGGAGGCAAAAUGGGCUUCACUCUGCCCCUCAGCGAGGCACCUCAGGCUCAGGAGAUGGUCGCUCCAGCCCUCGAGAUGAAUACAAAGCAAGAACGUGACAGUAUACCACCUCCUUCAGACUCCGACCAAGCAGCAGAGGGCAAAAGUGCCAUCCCAGCUGCACAGGACUGUGAAGGCGCUGUCAAAGCAGAAGCUACGACCGCAGCGGAGAGUUUAGUAGAAAAGGAAGACAAGACUGGAUCCUCUCCUCCAAAGGAUGGAACUCCAGUUUGAGUCAAAGAUUUGCUCAGUGGGGCUGAUGGGAUUUAAAAGAUUAGUGUCCUGCCCCUUUAACUAGUCUGUCAGUGUAUGUCCAAAAGCCUGUUGGACUGUCUUUUAUGACAGACUAUGAGUUCACGGGGUUGGGGGAGAUAGCUUAAUCAACUAACUUUUCAACACUCAAAUGACGACUGAGACUCUGUCAUUCUAAUAUAUAAUGUAUACAUUGUAAAAGUGUACUUUACAUGGAAACCAGACUCCGUGUCUGUAAUAACAGUAUAUAAAUGUUGUGCACAGUAGAUUGUCUCUGUUGAAAUGAUUAAAUGAGUCUGCGUUUUUAUAAACAGUCAAA